CUUUUAUUUUUUGUGUUUCAGAAAAAGGCAUGGCAGACAAUAAAAACGAUUGUCAACUUGCCAGUCAUCAGCCCCUUCAAAAAGCGAUAUUCUUGGGUGCAGCUGGCUGGUCACACCGGAAGUUUCAAGGCAGCUGAUGGUGGGACGAUUCUGAAACGCCACUGUGAGAAUGAGGAAAAGUGCUUUGAACUGCUGAUGCAAGAUCCACUGCGUUCCUGUGUCCCUGUCUUCCAUGGUGUGGUGGAGAGAGAUGGCGAGUCCUAUUUACAGUUGGAUGAUCUUCUAGCUAAUUUUGAAGGGCCUUGCGUGAUGGAUUGUAAAAUGGGAAUCAGGACAUAUUUGGAGGAGGAAUUGACUAAAGCACGAGAAAAACCAAAGCUCCGUAAAGACAUGUAUAAGAAAAUGGUAGAUGUGGACCCUUUGGCACCCACUGCCGAAGAGAACACCCAGCAUGCAGUGACCAAACCUCGGUACAUGCAGUGGAGGGAGACCAUCAGCUCCAGUGCAAACCUAGGCUUCAGGAUUGAAGGGAUAAAGAAGGCUGAUGGGACUUGUAAUACCAACUUCAAGACAACAAAGACACGAGAACAAGUUUUCCAGGUUUUUGUGGAAUUCAUUAAGGGAAAUACAGCUAUAUUGAAAAAAUAUUUAAAGCGUCUGUAUGAAAUUCGAGGCAUCCUUGAGUCUUCCGACUUCUUUAAGCGACAUGAAGUAAUUGGAAGUUCAUUGUUAUUUGUGCACGAUGAAAGUGAACAUGCCAAUGUGUGGCUCAUUGAUUUUGGAAAGACUACCUUUCUUCCAGAUGGGCAAAUCUUGGACCACAGGGUUGCUUGGCAAGAAGGGAACCGGGAAGAUGGCUAUUUAUUUGGACUGGACAAUUUAACUGAUAUCUUAGAAAGUAUAUUGGAGAGAUGAGAAAUACUGACUCGAAGUUGCUAACUUUUCUAGAAUUGCUUACUAAAAGCCUUUUAAAAUUCUUCCAAGACUCUGGGAAGUCCAGAAUAGGGAAGAUUCCAGCAAAAAAAGAUGGAAAUUUCUAACCAGCCCAUGAAACCUAAGCAGUUCAGAGGCUAUUCUUGAAUGCACCAAGCAAAAAUAAGAUUUAUGGAAGAAAUAGGGUGAUUGUGAACAUUUGGAUGAUGACCAGGACAGUUGCUCACACAUGAACCAACUAAUUCAGUAUUGACCUUGGGCUUAGAGUAAAAAUAUAUUUAUAUCAGAGCUCUCUUUCAAAGAAGACAUCUUCAGAACCAACAAGCAGGCUUCCUUCCUUUCUCUGGCGUUUACACUAUAAAUAUUCCCUGUGUUCACAUAUGUGCAGCGCAGCUUGGAACUUGGUGCAGAAUAUAUAGAUUCAUAGUUUUUCUUUUUUAAAACAAAUACUCUAGUUUCUAUUCUUGUACAGAAAAAAAUGAAAAUAUGCACAGAAUGCUGCUGAAGCUUCAGAAACCAAAUGGCUUCUAGUAGACAAUGCAAGAGUUCAUUCUGGAACUCUGUCUAACUUUCUCUUCCUUUGACAGUCCAUGUUUCCGUUGUAUUGGUUUUUUCAUUCCAGUCCCUGCAAAAAUAUUAUGUACUUUGUCAAUACAAACACCCCCUCUAAAUAUUGCAUACCAAAUUAACCUGUUACCUUGCUAACAACUACGUAUAGAUAGAUUUUUAAAUGGUCACAUAUACAGAACUCUGGGUAUGAUUGAAAUCAAAUGAAUUUGUACAAAGGACAUGAAUUGCCAUGUUUAGUUUGUUUCAGAAUUUGGCUUGAGUGAGUAUCUGAUUGACCCUCCCUGAUAGAGAUACCUCACAGUCGUAAGGGCUAAAAAGUAAAGAUUUUGGUUCCUAUCUAAUGUUGCGCUGAUGUCUCUAUGAUUGCUCAUAUGUUCUAAAGGUAGCCUGCGACUGAUCUUAAGGAUCCUAAAUUUAAAAUUCUUGUAAUCCAAGAGAUUGUAGAGUCCAGGAAGAAAACACCAAUGUACUGUAUUUGUGUUUUGAGGUAGCUUCAGGAUAGGUUCAGCGAGUUUGGUGAUAAUCCAGAAGUGACACGUAAUCAAUCACAAUGUAUUUGAAUGUUUGUGGAAUCAUACCUUAAUGACUGAGUUUAUGAAAUGAAACAAUUAUUAAUUUAUAUAGUUGGCACAGACUUGUUUUACAUCCAGGGAUCAAAUCUUCAGCCUUGUUACAUAGUGAUAAAAUAGUAUGAUCACAUGUGGCUUCUACACUUUGCACUUCUGCUUGAGUCUACUAGCAGGUUUUUGCAAGGUAUAAGGGAAAAUAUUAUCUUGAUCUAAAGAGAUGUGGGAGAGGGGUUCAAGUCUUUGAUGCUUAGGCUUUGUAUUAAAGAUCCACUCUGUAGAUCAGUUGAAUGUGGUAUUUUUUAUUGAUUGUUUAGGUAAAGGCUUAGGAAGUGAGUGUAACAAAAAAUAAAUCUUGUAUUAGUAACCCCUGGUUCUUGUGAUUUGAGAUAGGCUUGAAGUCACACUGAUCAAAAAUUAAGAUGGGUUGAUUUUGCAGAGUAUAUUCUCCUGUGUUCAACAGCCCAGCCGUAUAAAUUCACUGUUUAUGUGACACUAACAUUUGCCGUAUACUAUUAUGAUUCAAGGUUUUGUGUGUGUGCUUGCUUGGAGUUCUCUUAGGCCAUAUAGCAAAACUGAAUAUAUCCUCUGUUCAAUAAGAGAGGAAAAGAGUAGUCAUUAUGUGCCAGUUGGAUGACCAUCAUAGCUUUGUGGCUCCAUUUUUUUGGUCUAUAGCGUGUUCCUACUCUGCAUUUCCACAGCAUGUUAGUGUCAUCUUACAUUAAACUUGAUGACCAGAGCUGCCAAAAUACUUUUGAGCUUUUCAAAUAUUUACCCCGAGUCCAAUUUUGUAUGACUUACUUAUCUUCUCUCCACAGACCAGUAGUGGAGAACCUGUCUCAUCCUUAAGGUGGCACUUUGACUUCACUGAAGUAGGCAAGGCUGAAAAUGUGGCCGCUUUUCAGGUUUUGAAGUGAAAUGGCAUUUACUAUGCCCCUUAAAGUCCCAAGAGCAGGAAAAAGUAUUUUUUUUCCUGAUUUUUUGGUUGGUCCAGGAGAGGAUAUUGAGGGAUAAAAUUAAAUUAAAAAUGGGCUAAAAAUUCAGCCUCACACACUUUGGGGGGUUCUGGGGACUACAAAUUAAGUGCUAGAGCAGUAUGUUUUCUCCACACUUGCUGUAGAUGACCUUCCUUGUCAGUUUCAGCAGAUGUCACAAAUUAGUUUCAGCAGCCCUUUAGUUCUUUCAUCCCCACAGUCUCUUUUCUUCUGAUUGCAGAGUGGGUGGGGUGAUGUGAACAUUUUGCUGUUUCAUGGUGCAAAAACCUAGGAGGCUCUCAUGUGCACUAAAAAGCUAUGAGAAAUUCUCACUUAAGUUGUAGAUAAAUUCUUGAUCAAUAAGUUAAGUCAUCCAGGCAACACCACCACCAUUUUGUUGAAGAAUUUAAAAUUGGUGUUUGCAAUUUUCAAACUUUCAUAGCAACUCCUGAGUGUUAUGUGAGAAUGUUCUAAAAUAACUAAUUUUGGAUUAAACUUGUAAUUGACCAGAAUUUUAAAAAAUGACCAUUAAAUAUAAUUAUAUAUGUGUGUGUGUUUUAAAUAGAUUUAGCAAAGUUGAUACAGGAUUAGCUGGAUGUAGAAUUUUGUAUAAUGAUUAGACACAGGAUUGGAAAUUAUGAUUUGGAACAGAACUGUUUAAAAGUGUAUUUCAUUCUAAAAGUACUUUGGCUUUUUAGAUGAAAACUGCUCAUUUACACACUGCUGCUGCUUAUACAUGUUGGGAAAGAGGCUAGAGCACUAGAAAGUUUUAUAAUAAACUUUGCCAGGGACCAUCCAUUCCACUUUCAAAGCAUUCCAAGCGCAUCCUUUCCCCAAAGCACCUUCUCCCAGUUUCUUCCAUCAUGAGCUGAUGCUCAACUCUUAUCUUGGGGAUGAGGUGGGAGCAUGGCAGGCAGCUGCUCUCCAACUGAAAAGUGAAGAAUGACAAAAACACAUAAAGACUGCAUUUUGGCUGCCUCUGAGAUGAUGGCAGGCAGGGCUUGCCAGGAUUUGGAAUUUUGUUGUGGUUUGAAAUGCAUCCCAGCCAGAUUGGAUGCCAAAGGCAUGUCCAGAUGCAGAGAUGCUGUAACACUAUGGUGAGAGAGGGCUUCAUGGAUCUAGAUAGCAAAAGUGGUUUGGGAAUAAUUUUGUUUUGGCUUUCUUUAGAUUAGGGUUUUCCAAACGAUGGGUUGCUAGGGAUAUGCAGAAGGCACAUUGGUGCCCUUCAGGUGUUUUAGACUACACAUUUCAUCAUUUCUGGUUAAUUCCAGGGCCUGGAAGUUGUAAGAGUUUUGGUUGAAAAAAACUGCAGUCACUAAGCUACCUAUUCCAAGCAGAGGUUGAAAGGGAGGUGUUCAAAAUACAAUCUUGUCCGUUUUUAUCUUGAGUGUCAUGGUAGAUAACACUAUAAAAGCAAGCUGAAGAAGUCUCCAUAGGUCCACCUUUUCCCCAGGAAAUGCUUUUGUUAAUCCCCAGUUUUGGUUUUUGAGAAUUUAGAACAGUUUGGGAGUAUGUAUAGAGACUCUAUUUCUCUCCCUAAGUUAUUACACAGACAAAAUUUGCAUCUGGCGAUCUCUUACCUGUUGUCUGUUCAAUGGAUCAUAGAGUUUCACUGUUGCCUUCUGCUACUUUUUUCUUCAUGCUAGUCUGCCUCUCCAUCUUAGAUCUGAUAGCUAAUCUGUAGUAUUUGACAAGCUGUUAUUGGUCAGACUACAGACUAUAAUAAUACACAAAGGGCAAUUUUUGUCUUGUCUAAUUUCUCUUCUUUGUAUCUUGAUCUUUCCAAAUUCUCUGUGGUAGGAUUGGCCUACCAUAUUUGAUCAUAAUUGUUCUCUGGUGCCUUUUUUGUUGAUACCAAUGUUUCAUUCAAAUAUGUUCUUUGGGACUAUCUAGGAGGAACAGAUGAUUCCUAAAAAGAUCCCAAACAAGAAUUUAUUAAAUAUUUUUUGGUUUCCCAUCCCCUUUAAAAGAAACAGCUUCCAUAAGUUUCAGUGAGGAAAAAGGCACACUGAAAAUUACUUCAGAGUCAGUGCCACAAGCAUUUUUCUCUCCCUACACCCUCCAGAAAAUAUUUCUUUUCCCACUUUAAAAUAUACAUACUUACCUCACAGGGUUGUUGUGAGGCUCCAUAGGUUGCUUUAAUGCAUUUACUUAGAGUUGAAAAGAAAAGUGCAAUAUAGAGAAUUGCAAAUAAUUUUGUAACUAAAGAGGGUUUUACAAUCCCCUGGAGAAUAUAGAUUCUAAAUAGAAAAGGUGCAACUUGUAUAUUCAAGCCUGAUUCUCUCUGUUAAAUUCUAUGAAUCAUUAAUGAUGAGAAAUUAUGCUUUCAAAUAGCCAAGUUGACUUUAACUACAACUCUAUUUUUAUUACUACAAGCAUACAAAAAAGUUUUUCAUUUGUAGAGAAUGUUGCGCCAAACACUACAGUGUGAACAAUAUUCCAGUUUGGGUAUACUAAUUGUAUGGGUUUAAGAACCUGAGUAGUUCAUGAUGUGCUAUAACAAAUAAAUAUAACUGAAAACAGAUGUUCAUUAAAUUUUUAUAUUAUA